AAGUCAGCCACAGGUCCAUCGCACCUGUGGACUAAUGUAGGUGUGCACUGUUAUCGAUUCGCUAAGCACUAUGACCAUUACACGAGCGCAAGUCAUUUGUAUCCUACAAACACUCACUGAACUCAAUGUCUCUGUCUCAGCCUUUGUCAUUUCUCUUUUGGAAUCCCCCCAUGAAUUCUCCCAGUUUCCCGUCAAUGAUCUCGCUGCUCACUUUACAACAGUCUUGGCAACUUCUCUCGCUCACCCAAGUCUCAAUUCCUCAAUCAUCUUGUGGGCAUCCACUUUAUGUACUGAGCGGCUCAAGCAAUCAGUAGUGCUGCUUUCUAAAGAAGAACAUGGGUGGCACUUUAGCACAACCAAUGUCCUUGCUGAGCAGCUGGAGGAAUUCCGGCUAGAAGAUAUGGCCAAGGACAUUGAGCAUGUCACACCAGACCUGUGGCACCUACUGGAUGCCUUGCUCUUGGCCAAUCAGAGGCUUGCAGGUCCAGCUGCGGAGCAUGACAUAGCCAACGAAGACGAAGAACAAUAUUGGGCUGAGGUUGAGGAUGUCGAAGAGAGAUCUGGUGAGGUCCCUUUGGAUGUACCCACCUCUUGUCGGAUGGCACUUGUGAAAAUUAAGAAAGUUGUCAUUAUCAGCAUCCUAAUGCAAAGCACGAACCAGAAGUGCAAUGCUUUUGAGAGUGUGAUAGGAAUAUUUCUACACUCAUGCAACACACCGGAGAAGGUCAUACGAGCCCUCGCAAGCAUGGGUAUCUCAAUAUCAGUCCGAGCUAUCAACAUGGCCAUUCAUUCACUUUCCCGUGAGACGUAUUACACAUUGCGGGAGAUGGGACAGUCACUUCGAGUGGGAUACGCAUAUGAUAAUUUUGAUAUUGACUUUAAAAUGUUGACACCAACCAUUGAGAAGGCCAUUGACACUCUGAUGCAUAUGACCUCUGGUGAUCUCAUCUACCUUGAGCAUGGUGUGACAACCAAGGAUCUACAAUGCUCAACCUACCUUUGGAAUUUGUCUCGCCUCAAUCACACUAUACUGACUCACCUCCUUGGACCCACAUGUGGGUGUGGUGAUCUGCUACAACUACAUGCUGAACAGCCUCACUCAUCAAAUCUUUCAUGGCAUCAGCACUGGAAUGCAUUCAAAUUUAUGACAGACCUUGUCAAGCAUGACCCCCCAUACUUUAGCCGCUUCAACAACUCCCUGCAUCCUGAGACUGUGGAUCAAAUCCCAGUGAUGAAAAUGCGGCAUGCACCUGCACGUGCAAUGGACAUUAAUCAGUCCAAGGUAUCAGGAAAUAUUGAAGCAAUUACAGACCUCCUAUGUCAAGGGGGCGUUGGUGAGCCUUCCGAAGCUUUGCACAGCCAAGAAGACGCUAUGGUAGAUAUAGGGGAAUAUGUCAUCAUUUUUCAUGGUGACCUUGGGACUGCAGAGCAAGUUCAGAUGCUCAAGGAGCGGCACUCAAUUGAAGCAACACCAUGGCGCUGCUUUCAGUAUGUAGUGUUUGUGAUGGGCCUCUUCCAUCUCAAAAUGGCGUGUGCCGAUGCUAUUUGGUGUAUAUUCAUUGAGCCUAAAGCUGCAAGGGAUGAUGCCACAAGCCUUAUGCACUUUGUAGCCUUGAAUCGGCCAUGA